GUUUUGCUCUUGCUGCCGUUUUUACACCGGCUACUCCAUCAGAUGGACCACUCGACACUAGCCAGCCUUGGCGCCAGCCACUUCUGAUAUGCGCAGUGCCAGAUGCUCUUGCACUACGUGGGCUUCGGCGAGCAUCCGCUAGAUCGAGGGACUACAAUUAUAUAACGGAUUCCAGGUACGACUCCGGCGGGCAUCUCACGUGGUCAGCUACUGCACUGGCGCCAGCUCAUCAGCAGCGAUAAGAGAAAGUUCCAGCUGUUACUGCUUUAUCGGCUUUAUCGGAAAACCUCUAGUAUGCCUCGCUGGACUAUCACUUAGAGCGGCUCCAAUUGCGGCACUAUAGCAAAGUCAUGGAUCCAUGUGUCUACUGGACAACGUGAGCUUCAAUCUAAUGCUCUUCCAUAGCAAUGAAGAUGAGUCGUCGAGUCGCCGGGACGUGCAACACUUGGUGCACAGGUUGGUAAGAGGCGAUUCAAACUGCACCAGUUGCGAGGCUGGGAAUCACAUUGAUUUCCAUGCGAUAGUCCGAAUUUUCAUUAUUUAGUUACUACAAUAAAGAAAUUAU